UUUCUUCUUUGACGUGCAGAGACGUGGCCCUGCGUGAUGACGUCACGGUCGCCUCCCGUGUCUCAGCUCGGCGGUGGCAAACUCUGGCCAAACUGGAGCAGUCGCGGCUGUAAAUGGUCAAGUUCUCCUCAGCCUCGGAAGCGACAGAGAGCGGAAUAAGGAGCUCUCGGUGCGGAGCCAACAACCAGGCGCCAAAAAAAAAAAAAAAAACGACAACAGACAAACUGGAAAUUAGAGCGCGGGACAGAGUGUGUGAAAGAAUAAAUACUCGUAUUUACCCCACCCACCGCACUCCUCUGGCUGAGGAACCUGCAGAGCCUGUCUGAGCCUGCCAGAAGCAGCAGCAGGUUUAGUGGAGACAAACCUGUACUGUGCAAUGGCUCUGUUGACCCUGCACCGGAUCCCGUCUAUCUCCGCCGCUCCAGAUGAGCUCCUCCAAAGAAGAGGGAGACUUCAGAAAAGGGAGAGCUUUGCCCUCGUAAAAGGGGCAGCUCUUCUGCUGGAAGAUGGCGACUCCGUGGGGCUUCACGAGGAGACUUCUCAACCUCCGACUUCACCGGUGAAGCAGGACAGUGGAGCAUCAGACACGCGGCGCAGGCACCUCCACGCCAUGGUUGAACAGCUCAGACCGGAAGAUACUUUGAAGCUGGCGGUGCAGCUGGAGUCCAGCAGCCCGGUCAGAGUCAGGUAUCUGAUCGUCGUGUCCACGCUGGGCAGCAAACAGGAGAGCAUCCUGCUGGGCAUGGAUUUCCCCAGCUCAGACAGUGAUCGCUGCACCAUAGGUCUCGUUCUGCCGGUGUGGAGCGACACACAAGUGUAUCUGGACGGAGACGGUGGUUUCAGCGUGACUUCAGCAGAAGAGACCAGGAUUUUUAAGCCGGUGUCCAUGCAGACAAUGUGGUCGGUGCUGCAGGUGUUGCACGGCUGCUGUGAGCGGGCAGUCAAGGCGGCUGUGAUCCCGGGCAACGGGCUGGAGUGGGCCCAGCAUUACAACCAGAACAUCGAGUCUGAUCGCUUCUGCCUCAAUGAGUGGGAGGCCAUGAACGACCUGGAGUCGGUCCGCAGGGACAGUAACGGGCAGAGCUCGGCAGACAGAGUUUCCAACGAGACUCUGAUCAAAGAGCAUCUGAGAGACAUCAUGAGGACCGAAGACCUGGACAACCUCACAUCUAAAAUGGUGCACGCUGCUCUGGAGACCCGGAUAGGCUUCGACAUGAGACCCUACAAGGAGUACAUCGACAACGAGAUCCUUGUCACCAUGGCUCAGAUGGACAAGCCCUCUAAAAUAUUUGACUACCUUUACCUAGGCUCUGAGUGGAACGCAGCAAACUUUGAGGAGCUGCAGAAAAACAACGUGGGCUACAUCCUGAAUGUGACGAGGGAGAUUGAUAACUUUUUCCCAGAGUCUUUCACUUACAUGAACAUCAGAGUUUACGAUGUGGAAGCGACCGAUCUGCUCUCUCAUUGGCCAGACACGUACAACUUCAUCAACGGUGCAAGGAAGAGCGGGCAGGCGGUGUUGGUGCACUGUAAGAUGGGCGUGUCUCGCUCUGCAUCCACGGUGAUCGCUUACGCCAUGAAGCAGCAGCGCUGGCCUCUGGAUGUGGCCCUGGCCUACGUCAGGGAUCGCAGGUCCAUCAUCAAGCCCAACGAGGGCUUCAUGAAGCAGCUGCAGACCUACGACGGCAUCCUCAAAGCAAGCCAGCAGCGCCACAGCGCACUCUGGAGGCGAAAGUCAAAAGAACAAAGACAAAAGACUGUGUGCAAGGACGACGGAGGAGAGGAAGAGGAGGAGGAGGACGAGGAUGAUGAGGAUGAUGAGGAUGAUGAUGAGGAAGGUGAAGGACUUGAUGAAAGGGACGGUUCAGAGGAAGAGCCCGAGGUAUUUGGAGAGCUCCCCCACAAGACCAGCACCAAGCAGGACCCUGAGCAGACGGGACCAGGUCCUGUCAUCACUGUAAAUGAACCAGACAAGGUCGCUCCGAGCGUUAACCGCAGUGGCAGGAUGAACCUCUUCUCGCUCAUGCAGUCUAUCAGCGAACUAGAUGAUGUGGACAAAGGACACGAACAGAUGCCCGGCAGUCCGAUGCGGUCUCCAGCGCAGCGGAGGCGUAGCCACGGGAGACGAGCACUCGCUCACCAGGCAGCGUGCGUGGACGUCUCGCCUGAACCCCGCAGCCUGCCGGAUGUCGGAGAAGCAAGCCCUGAAGUGGACAAAGAGAUGGACAAGCUUUCAGUGUAAAAGAGGCACAGAGUAGGAAAGUCCCCGAAGGAGACGAAACCAGAAGGAGAUUGAGCUCUGGGAACAUGCCAAGGUUUUUAUACACUGAUACUGAAGUUUUAAUUUAUAUGUCGCAGGUCUUUCAUUGCAUAGCUCAGCUCAUAGUUCGUUUUGACAAGAAUCUUGCUGCAGUAUUGCUCCACCAGUAAAAGCCAGGAUAUCUGGUUGCUGAAGUCAUUUCAGUGUAUUAUUAUGUUUUUUUUUGUACUAGUUUUUAAGAUCUCUCGCAUACAAACCGGUUAGUCUCUUCCCUCUGACCCUCUUUAGCUCCAUUAUCAACGGGUUUCUAUGCAAUAACUGUUCUCUUUCACUCUGUAAAUACAACGCUGUACGCUGCCGGGACGAGGUGGACGGUUUUAAAUGUCCUACACGUCCUCUCUUAAAAGAUUUCACUGUAUCUAAGCUGUGCAUUACGGACCAUGUCAGGGCCAGUUUUAUGGCACAUGCCUGUUUGCCAAAAUUAUGUAUUCCUUAUGUGCCAAUGAAUAUAUUUAACUUUAAAUCUUUAUCACGUCAGUAUGUUGAGAAACACAGUCACUCAUUUGGUUUUAUUCAUCUUAAGACCAGGCCUGCACGAGUGCCUUCAACCCGAGAAAGAAACGACUCCAUGACUGGUUUUAAGGUUUUUAAUGCGAGGUGGUGGUUGUAUUUCUCUUGUACCGUUUAUCACUUUGGUUUGACUGCAUCUUGUAUGUGACUUCCCGAGGUUGUGCAUGUAUGCGUAUUCCGUAUUUACAGUAUAUAUGUAUCGACACAUAAUUGCCGAUGCCCCGGGUGCAUGUUUUGAGUUUUUAUACAAACCUGUGAAAGGAAACUUCAGGGUUUUCCUCUUGUAAUUUUACAGACAUUGAAUGGCUUGAGGUAAAUCAUUCAAAAUGCUCAGUGCUGAUGUGGAAUUUUCUUAUUUGAUGCUGGUAUUUUCUUACCCAGUGAACCUAAGCUCAAGCUUCCAUCAUUUAACUUGCACGCUCAGUUUUAAAAUAAGUUAAACGCGCACUUUAUAAUCCCUGGAUACACUCCGUUCCCACUGCCUGAGCCAACUUCACGCUGUACCUUGAUGGAAAUGAUCUUUUUAAAAAUGAACUGUUCAAGUGUCUACGUCUUGUUGUGUUAAGCUCCCCACUGUCUGCACCUCACUCUUGUUUACAAGCACUUUGAGUGAAAAAUAAAUGAUUAUACCCCAACCACA